GAUCUGCACUUGAAAAGAGGCAGUUUGCCUUGAAUUCUCGCCGAGGAGCACCGUCCUGGCUACGUGGCAGCCCUACACGACUUCGAAAGAUGGCGCCGCUGGAGUUUCCAACCUACAACUUUACGAUGUGAAAACUGGGACGUGUUUGAAGUCUUUCAUCCAGAAAAAGAUGCAAAAUUGGUGUCCGUCCUGGUCAGAAGAUGAAGCUAUUUGUGCCCGAAAUGUUAACAAUGAAGUUCAUUUCUUUGAAAAUAACAAUUUCAAUACAAUUGUAAAUAAAUUGCAUUUGCAAAAAAUUAGUGAUUUUGUGUUAUCUCCUGGACCUCAGCCAUACAAGGUGGCUGUUUAUGUUCCAGGAAGUAAGGGUGCACCUUCAUUUGUUCGACUGUAUCAGUACCCCAACUUUGAUGGACCUCAUGCAGCGUUAGCCAAUAAAAGUUUCUUUAAGGCGGAUAAGGUUACAAUGCUGUGGAAUAAAAAGGCUUCUGCUGUGUUGGUCAUAGCCAGUACAGAUGUGGAUAAGACGGGGGCGUCCUACUACGGGGAGCAGACGCUGCACUACAUCGCGGCCAACGGGGAGAGCGCCGCGGUGCAGCUGCCAAAAAGUGGCCCCAUUUACGACGUCGUUUGGAGUUCUAAUUCUGCUGAGUUCUGUGCUGUUUAUGGUUUCAUGCCCGCCAAAGCGACAAUCUUCAACUUGAAAUGUGACCCCGUGUUUGACUUCGGAACUGGACCUCGCAAUGCCGCGUACUAUAGCCCUCACGGGCACAUCCUGGUCCUCGCUGGAUUUGGGAACCUGAGGGGACAGAUGGAAGUGUGGGAUGUUAAAAACUACAAACUCAUUUCUAAACCAGUGGCCCCUGAUUCCACUUAUUUCGCUUGGUGCCCAGACGGGGAGCACAUCCUGACCGCCACGUGCGCUCCCAGGCUGCGUGUGAACAACGGGUACAAGGUGUGGCACUACAGCGGCUCGGUCUUGCACAGGUGUGAUGUGCCCUCGGAGGCCGAGUUGUGGCAGGUCUCUUGGCAGCCGUUUCCAGAUGGCGUGUUUCCGGCCAAAGCAGUGACUCACCGAGCUCCGCCCAGGGGAGAGCCUGAAGCUGCAGUCGCGUACCGGCCCCCUGCCCUGAGAAACAAGCCGCCCACCAGCUCCAGGCUGCAUGAGGAAGAGCCACCUCAGAAUAUGAAACCGCAGCCAGGAAAUGAUAAGCCGUUAUCAAAAACAGCCCUUAAAAACCAAAGAAAACAUGAAGCUAAGAGAGCGGCAAAGCAGGAAGCAAGAAGUGACAGGAGCGUGGAUCUGGCCCCCGCCCCCCCGCAGAGCCCGGCGCGGGGCACCGUGUCUCCGCCCACUUCCGGGGACCCUGAGGUGGACAAGAAAAUCAAGAACCUGAGGAAGAAGCUGAAGGCGAUCGAGCAGCUGAAGGAGCAGGCCGCCGCCGGGAAGCAGCUGGAGAAGAACCAGUUGGAGAAAAUUCAGAAGGAGAAAGGCCUCCUCCGGGAGCUGGGAGAUUUGGAAUUGGGCGUUUAAAGGGCCACAGGCAGCAAGGUGCUUCCCGGAACGG